AUGCUGUAUCCACCGGGCGCUAAUUGGAACGGGGUCAUACUACCACCCUCGACACGACUGCUGAAGGACUUCAAGGCGAAGACGGGCGGACAGCCAUCUAAGGUACAGCUUGUCCCCGCAAAUCUUGGCACUGUCUGCAUCGAGAGUCAUCUCUACGGAGUCUUCUUUCUACUCGCGGUGACGUCCAUAUACUUCCUCGUUCGACGGGCAAAACACAAUAUGAGGAGAAAGCAAAUCACAACUGGUAUAUGCAAGUCUCUGUUCAAGCGACCUAUGUUCGCAGCAGCGAUCGCGCUACUAAUAACAAUUACUGCGCGCUGGAUCCUGACUGUCACACGUCUUUUCCAAGCCUUCGUACUGUAUAAAGGAGGAAAUGCUCCACUGGAGUUCUACGGCGAUCUGCGUGAAACAACUGAGGUGUUCAAGACGGGUUUCCUAAUAGCUACGUUGGUUUUUGGAGACUCCAUGCUCAUCUACCGACUGUGGAUUGUAUGGGGUCAUAACACUUGGGUCAUUAUAUUCCCAUGUUGUACCUUAGUCAGCCUGAUGAUAUGCGGUGUGGGUAUCACCUAUCAGUUCACGCAACGCAUCCCAGGCGAAGAUGUCUCCGAUAUUGCCGCUGGACGCUGGAUUACUAGCGAUGCUGUCUUCACUCUAUGUAUAUUCCGCGCAUUUCUGUACUCACAGGGAUCCAGGUCGUUCAAUAUCUUCUUCUUUGCCGCAUACCAGUCCCAUUCGAAACUCCAGUUCAAUGCAGUGGAUAUCUGGUGCCCCGUGGCGGGAAUCUCAUUCAUGCUCAUCAAUGUCCGUGUGGGACUAGGGUGGGCGCAGAAGGCACACAAGAUCCCCCUCACUUCGAUCGAUGCGUCAAUGCUCCGCCAGCAGAUCGACAAUGAUUCGAUGCCUAUGCGACCAAUCACAGUCAAUAUCACCCGUGCAGUUGAUCACAUCAAAGAUAAGGAGCAGGACGCUGCGGGAGUGUCGAAGAACGAGGAUUUCGUUGAUGAAGUAGAUAUGGGACAUCAUCAUCCCCAAGACGUCGAGGGCUGGACAGCGUUCCUGUCUCUUCGUUUGCAGAUUGUUCUAUGGGAUAGCAGCGCGAACUAUGUUCACCUCGGCCUCCGCGAUUGGCGGUGGGCUUAUCCGAGUUGGUCUUGUAUUCGAGAGGAAAUAGUGCAGCUAGAACGCGAUAGCAUCACGCGGGCCAGCGCCCUCCUCGAACACAUCGCGCACGAUGUGGUCUUUGCGUCAUAUGUCCGGAAGAUGGCGGUGUAUGUGUUCAUCAACGACGCGGAGGAUAAGGUACUUGGAGCGCGACUGUCGCAAAUCGGCGGAAACCUCGGCCUUGAUUGCCCCGACGCUCUUGCGCAGGUUCUCCAUCUGAGGGAUCUCGAGUUACAGUAUUCCGAAGGCGUGGACGAAGUAGAGACUGUCAUCCAGCGCUGUCCCAACCUGUAUUCCUUUGGCCUUGCAUCGUACACCGGCGACCAUGAGGGCAUCAUGCAGGUGUUCGCGCGUAACAGCUCGGCCCUGCCUCAUCUCACAUCUUUGCGACACACGGGGUACGUUUCGCUGCGUGAGAACACGUUUAGCCUCGACGGGCUGGUCGAGUUCGUGAGGGAAAAGGCGCUACUGCGCAGGCUGGACUUUGCUGCCAGCUAUCGUUGGGCAGAACUCAAGACGCUGUUACCAUUUCUCAGAUCGUCGAAGACGCUGGACAUACUGGGGCUCUCGCUGCAGGCAGAGGUGUUCCGCAAGGAUGAUGCACGGCAUUUGCAGGCACACCUUCCUUCCCAGAUCCAUGCUCUACGCGUGCAUGUUCUCAUCAAGAGCCUUGAAGUGGACGCAGAUAUGUGGCAUGGGCUGGUCAGUGGCCUAGUGAUCAUUGAACCGAGGAUACGGCUAACGGUAUCGCAGUGGACGCACCUCCCCGAGCUCAGAUUCAUCUACGUCCACGAGGAACCACACGGGCGCGGUCCCGUGCUUGACGUCGAGCAGCUGGCCUCGAGAGCACCGCGCUUGCAGGUGGUCGGCGGUAAUAGCCGUUUCAGGGAGGUCGAGCGCGGAAGCGAUGGCUCGGUCGCGCUCUCUGCGCCGUGGCCGAUGUUCUAG